GUAUUUUCGCGAGGGUACGGUAUAUAUAAUUAUUUUAUGACAAUAUAAAGCCAGCCAGCUAGCUCUAGCUAGGCUAGCUCUACACAAUGGCUGCAGGUUACUCAACUGAAAGGUUUUUUUUGGCUCACCUCAAAGAUUUUGAAGAUUAUCUGAACAUUGAUGAGGUGAUUCCCUUACUAAGCAAGCAAUUACUGACUCUAGAUGAGAUGGAAACACUAGACUCACUUUCAACCCGAAAGAAGAAAAUUAAACACCUUGUUAAAAUUAUGUGCAUAAAAGGAGAUCGAGCUCCCUUCUUGUUCAUCGAGUGUGUUCGAAAUGCAAAGGAGCACUUUCCCCAUCCUGAACUAGCGGAUAAAAUGGAGAAAUGGCUUCAAGAUCGUCCAGCACACACGCCCCCUAUUCGUUCAGCAUUUGCUCAGAAUCAGGCACUAGCAACGAACAAUUCGCAACCUAGUAAUUACAAUGUCCCCCAAGUCGUGAGGACAAACCCUGUACCAGCUGUUAGUAGUGAUGAACAGGACAGCACAAAUGCACAAGAUGUUUCGACAGUUGAUACCAUAUCAAACCACACUGCGUCGACUGAUAUAAUGGUCGAGCAAACUCUACAAGUACCGAUUGAAGAACAAAUAUCAGCCAGUAGCCUCCCUCAAGUAAUCGAUGCCGUUCCCCAUGGCCUAGGGGUGAAUACUGCAGAAACCGUCAGUUCUCGUCAGCAGGACAACACAAAUCCAAACUCAUUACAGGGAUCAACAGUUAGUACCUUUGAAUCUCAAUUCGAACAGGGACUUUUGCCACUAACAAUGGCGGAGCAAACUCCAUGUUUAGUGCGACAAACGCAAGUAACAAUUGAUGAACAAAUAUCAGCCAGUAGCCUCCCUCAAGUGAUCAAUGUUCCCUAUGGCUUAAAGGCGAAUAAUGCAGUAACUGUCAGUACAAGUCAUCAAAAUCCGACCGAUACCAUAGAGAGUAGUCUAUCAAACUUCGAAUCUCGAUUUGAACAGAACAUUUUGUUAGGAACAAUGGCAGAGGAAACUCCACGUUUGGUGCAGCAAGCACAGGUUCCAAUUCAAGAGCAGACCACAAACUCAUUGCUUUAUCAGAACAGUCCAUCUAGUUUUGCCGAUGAUCUCCCCUCCCCAUUGAAUCAAGUUGCACCAGAUUAUGCACACUUGGUGCAGAGAAUAUCUUCUUAUAUGGCGAGAAAUGAUGUUUCAAUUGACAGCGUCAUUGUUGAACUAAACAGGAUUCUUCAUGAUGGUCACAUGGGCAUUACUAUUCAGCAGGAAGAAGUGAGGGAUUUUGGCUCUCUGUGUGUGCAUAUUCGUCAGCUUGGAUUGUGCCACGAAUCAGACAUUGACUUACUCUGUAGGCUUCUCCAUGUAUUGGGACUACAGGAAUUGCACUCUCUUGCUCUCGAGUAUGCCGAUCAUAUCAUGAGCAAUCAAGCUCUAACCUGCCAGUACAACUCCACAUCUACCCAAACUCACCAUCUCCUCUUGACAUUACAUAGCAACCCUGAUAUGACUCUUGGAGAGGCGUUCGUGGUUAAAGAUAUGAUUGCUGGAGUUCUCUCGAUUCAGAGACACACCUUUAGUCUUGCUUCCACCCGACAUGGCUCCAUUGUCUUAGUAUGGAAGAUACUUGCUGCCUUUCUGAAGCAGUCACUUAGUGUAUUCGGUGUAGACGAAAUUAGGACGAGACUCGAUUCAGAUCCCACACUGAGUUCUAUCAAACUGGAGUAUAUGGAAGGAAGCCAGGUGCGUAUCGAGGAGGUGUACAGCAAGAGGAGAAUGAUUUGCGAUCGAAGUAUUUCCUCAAGUACGGAGCAGAUGGACGAAGAGGAAGGACCUUCGUCAACUUUUGGAGUUAAAAGAGGGGCUCAAUCUGACGUCACCAUGCCAACAGAUCUUCAACCUCCCCCUCUCCGCCGGCCUAGACCUGACAGAUCACAUGACAUGCUAAUAGGUUCUAGAACGGAAGAAAGCGAUCGCUUACCAGAACAACCAAGCACCACCUCUCAAUCUAACCUACAAUUUCGUCAGCCCCCACACGAAUUUGGCCGGCAAUACAUACCUCCGUCAGGUGAUGAUCAAAGUCGUUAUUCAUCACCCUUAGUACGUUCUAGUUCCACUCGCUCAGAACGACAUUCAACAGAUGAAUCUCCUCUUCAAGUGCUCAUUAAAACUUUGAGAACCUCUUACGCAGAUGAAAAGUUCUUCAACAAAUCUGCUGGUAUUAACAAAGGAACUAUCAAAUUUAUUAAUCUAGCACUCGUCAAGAAGAAAGGAAUAAGUGCUGCAGACGCAGAGAAUGAUGAAUUUCUGCAAAGUACAUUACACGGCUCUGUGGAUGACAUCAUCAAAAAGAAAAAGGAAGACAUUAAGUUGCAAGGAAUUUUCACUUACGGUAAAGAAGGAUCGAGGAAGCUCGUACUAGUCGAAGGGGCUCCUGGUGUUGGAAAGACAAUGCUUGCCCUACACAUAUGUCAGCUAUGGGCCAAUAAAGAUCUGCUAGAUGAAUACGAUAUGGUGCUCUUGGUAACCCUCAGAAGAUUCCAGCGAAAACCGUUAGUGAAGUUGAGUGAUCUGCUCAUAUACCUGCAAGGCUCUCUUCUUGAUGAGGCUACCGAAGAGUUAUUGAGAUCUCAAGGGGAAAGAACUUUGUUCAUUCUCGAAGGCUGGGACGAGUUGCCUCCUACGUUACGUGAAGAAGGUUCAUUCUUUUUUGACAUUGUCGAGGGCAAUAUUUUACCGAAAGCAUCUGUACUUGUAACCUCUCGUCCCACAGUGACCUCUGACCUCUAUGAAUACAUGGAUGAACGACAUAUCGAGGUAUUGGGCUUCAGCACUAAGGAAAUCACACAGUACGUACAACUUCAUGGCGGGGAUAUGUCUGAAACUGUUCUUAGCCAUCUCAACAAGUUUCCGAACCUCAAAGCGUUGGCCCACAUCCCGCUCACUCUUUCCAUUAUCUGCCACGUGGCUCGAAAAGAUUCAGCUUUGCCGCAUACCCUCACAGAGCUUUAUCGUCAGCACAUCUGCAACACUCUUUUCCUAACCUUAAAGAGGCACAUAACGUUCAAGUCCCUCUCUGGAGUUUCUUGCUUGGAAGAACUACCGGUCGAAGUUAGAAGCGUGAUCAAUUCCCUCUGUACUUUGGCUCUGGACGGCUUCAAAGAAAAGAAGUUUGUGUACACCAAAGAAGAUUUGCAGAGAGUUGGUCUCAAACCAAAUGCCUUUGACGGCUACGGCCUAUUGAAUGCACCUGUUAUGACUGUUGCAGCAGGAUUCGAGCAGAUUUAUCAGUUCAAUCAUCUCUCAAUUCAAGAGUUUCUCGCAGCCUAUGGAAUUCAACAUCUGGUUAAUGAUCAACGAGUUUCCCUUCUCAGAGAGUUCCGAAAUGACAAGCAGUUUCAAAACAUUUGGAAAUUUUUCUCGGGGAUUACAAGACUCGAGAAUGAAUAUUUCAAAGAAUUAAUCAUAUCUGGAACUGGGAAGGCCAAUCGAGAUCAAAUCUUUCUUUUACACUGUUUGUACGAAGCCGACAACCCUGCUAUCAGCAAGAAAGCUGCAGAAAAGAUGUUCUAUGUUCUAAACCUCGGUAAUAUGCUUCUCAACACAACCGACUGUCUCUGUGCUGCUCACAUGAUCACAUCGGCCGGGGGGGAUUGGCAGGUCGAGUUGAGGGGGUGCAAUAUGGGGGACGAUGGACUGAGGAUAUUCAAGACGUCUCUUUUGACCCACAUUGAGGCCCAUGGAGUACUCGGAUUCACCAUCAAGAGAUUGGAUUUGACUCAGAACCGGAUACGAGCCGUGUCUGUUUGCCACCUAGCGGACAUGAUCAACAGCAAGAUGCAGUUACACUCACUCAUAUUGUCGUCCAAUCCGUUUGGAGACGAGGGCAUGAGGACUCUAACAAGAGCUCUUAAGCAGUCGCAUGCAACAACCAAAUCACUUCAUUUCUCAAGCUGUGAGCUGACUAAAGAUGGUGCUUUUGAACUAGCUGAUGUCUUGAGAGCAAACAGCACAAUAGAAGAACUCUACAUCGGAUUUGAACAAUUUGGUUGCCAUGGUGUUACGAGGAUAGCGCAGGCACUAGACAACAGAUACAACAAGGCUCUCACUGAAUUAUCACUGACGAAAACAGAUAUGACUUCAGUCGGUCUUACUGCUCUAGCCCAAAUGGCUCCCGUCAACCAAACUCUUGAAGUACUAAGACUUGAUCGGAAUGAUUUGGGAGCUAAUGACUGUCAUCUGGUGGCUACUAUUAUUGAGAAGAGCAGCAGCCUUAUUCUGAUAGAUUUGUCAAAGAAUCCAAUUGGAGAUGUUGGUUUUGUACGAGUACUUGAAGCACUGAUCGUCAAACGUAAAGGAUCUCUCAAAAAGUUGGGGGUGUUUGGAUGUGAUGUCACACCAAAGGGGCUCAAGAAACUCAUGGAACUGUUUUCAGUCACAGAAACUUUUGUCGGAAUUCAACUGGGGUGCAAUCAUCUCGGAGACGAGGGUGCUGAACUAGUGGGAGAGGCUUUGAAAAGGAACAGCUCCAAUUCAGUCAAGCAAGUUCUAAUGCAGGCUACAAAGGUGACUGACGAAGGAAAGAAGAAGCUCCAAGAGAUCUGUGACUCCAUCAACUCUGGGAGAGACACAGAGAACAAGUUAGACCUCAACUACAAGCAUCACUCUCAAGUGGUGCAGAAAAGAAACUCCACCAAUUAUCUGUGAUAGUUAUGUGUAUAUGUACCACGUGUAACCUUUUCUCCUGUGAACAUGUGUGAAAGACCACCCCCAUUCUCAAUAGUAUAUUUUUGUCCCAUUAUUUUACAACUCAAUCAGGUGCAUAUAUUAUAAUUUAUAUUCUACUGUACUGACAAGUACAAGUGCAGCUCUA